AUGGCACCAAAGAAAAACUACACGCCUCAUCAAAUGUGCCUUGCAAUGGAAGCUGUUAGAAAAGGGGACAGUUAUUCAGCUGCAGCUGAGAAAUAUGGUGUACCGAGAAUGACCUUAAGGAAUAAAGUAACGGGAAAGAGUCCUGCUGUCUGUCAUAUGGGUCCUCCUACACUACUUUCUAUGAAUGAGGAAGCCAUAUUAAAAGAAUGGUUGUUUGCAAUGGCAGAACGAUAUUGCCCGAUAGGAAAGGAACAGCUGUUAGAUUCUGUUCAACUAAUUAUAAAAUCUGCUAAUAGAAAAAAUCCAUUUACGAAUGACAGACCAGGGAGGAAAUGGUUCGAUUUAUUUUUAAAAAGACAUCCAGAAAUAUCUGAGAGAGUUUCACAAAACUUAACUACAUCAAGAGAAUCUGUAAAAGAAGAACAUAUAGUCAAAUGGUUUGCAGACGUAGAGAAGUAUUUAGAAGAAAAUAAUCUUCCAAAAGUUUUGAAGGAUCCAACGCGGAUAUUUAAUACCGACGAAAGCGCGUUUUUCUUAAAUCCCAAACUUAAACGUGUUUAG